UGCGACAGCGGCGCGUGCGGACCCGGCUGACGCUCGCCGCCGCGCUCUACCUGCUCUUCAUGGUCGGCGAGCUCGUAGGUGGCUACAUCGCCAACAGCCUGGCGGUCAUGACAGAUGCGCUGCACAUGCUGACCGACCUCAGCGCCAUCGUGCUCACCCUGCUCGCGCUGUGGCUGUCUUCCAAGUCGCCUACGAGGAGAUUCACCUUCGGAUUCCACCGCUUAGAGGUGCUGUCGGCCAUGGUGAGCGUGCUGCUGGUGUACAUCCUGAUGGGCUUCCUCCUGUACGAGGCCGUGCAGAGGACCGUGCACACCAACUACGACAUCAACGGAGACAUCAUGAUCAUCACUGCAGCCGUCGGCGUGGCGGUGAAUCUCAUAAUGGGGCUCCUGCUGAACCAGUCUGGCCGCCACUCCCACUCCCACCUGCCGCCCACCAGCUCUCCCGGCGCGGGGCCCGGGGAGCACAGGCCUGUGCAGGACAGCCUGGCCGUGCGGGCCGCCUUCGUGCACGCCCUCGGGGACCUGGUGCAGAGCGUGGGCGUGCUCAUCGCCGCCUACAUCAUCCGGUUCAAGCCAGAAUACAAGAUUGCGGACCCCAUCUGCACGUACGUGUUCUCCUUGCUUAUGGCCUUCACCACAUUCCGCAUCGUCUGGGACACAGUGGUGAUCAUACUGGAAGGUGUCCCGAGCCAUCUGAAUGUGGACCGUAUCAAGGAUGCGCUGAUGAAGAUAGAAGACGUGUACUCGGUGGAGGACUUGAAUAUCUGGUCUCUCACGUCGGGCAAGUCCACCGCCAUCGUUCACAUGCAGCUAAUUCCCGGAAGUGCGUCCAAGUGGGAGGAAGUACAGUCGAAAGCGAAGCACCUGCUGCUGGACACGUUCGGCCUGUACAAAUGUACUAUUCAGCUUCAGAGCUACAGGCAGGAGGUGGACAGGACUUGCGCGAGCUGCCAGAGCUCCAGCCCCUGAGCCGCUGCGCUCGGGCCCGCUGCCUUACGCGCCCCGCGUCGCAGACUUGAGAGCAAUAAACGCACCCUGAGGAGACCGCGGGGCCGCGGCCGCGUCCAGCGCCGGUCUCGAAACAGUCUCUCCGGCCCGCCAGUUCGCAUCUGUGCCAUUUCCGGAUGAAGACGUUCCCGAACGCCGUUUACAGAGAGAGACGACUCUGCAGAUACCUCACAGAAGGCGCCCGUUCGCUGACAGAGGCCCUGUGUAAAAGGAAGCGUCAGGAUCCAGUAUUUACAUUUAAAAAUACUUUCUAAAGGCCGUUUUCUGUCAAGCCAGUGCUAGUGAACGGAGUUGUUUUUUACGAUUAUGUCAUCUUGACAUCCAGCUUCUGAGUGGCUGCUCUUUUUACAGAAAUUUUCUCAGCCGAUUUAGGCAGUACCAGUAACUCUGCAGAGUAGCGCAUGUGCUCCUCCUCCAGUGUUGCAGAAAAGUCUCAUUUCACAAAUAAGUCUCCAUGCUGUUGUCAGUUAUACUUCAUACACAACUUCUUCCAGGUAGUACUGAGUUUCCAAUCCCAGAGUUGACCGUUUUGAUUAUUUGUAGGCUUAUCAGAACCCAAUCUUUACCUGUUGUGAUUGAUCGCUGUCAUUAAGUUACUUAGGAAAUAUUUUCGAUAUAAUUCUGAAUGGCAGAAAUGAAUCUUAAACUCAAAUUACCGUGCAGUUAUUUAAAGCAAAAUAAACCAGUGAGAGUGGGG